AUGACUUCCGGAGUAGCGGACGACGAUCCGCUGCAGUCGCAACGCUCACCUCUGGCCACUGAUGUGUGCAGCCAAAAGAAGAUAAACGAAAACAAUCGACGGAGCAACAAACCAAUCAUGGAGAAGAAAAGAAGAGCAAGAAUAAAUAACUGUUUGAACGAAUUAAAGACUUUGAUCCUAGAUGCAACUAAAAAAGACCCAGCUAGACAUUCGAAAUUGGAAAAAGCAGAUAUAUUGGAAAUGACUGUAAAACACUUGGAAUCCAUGCAAAGGCAUAAUGUAGCUUUAUCUGCUGCCACGGAGUCCACAGUAGCCAACAAAUUCAAGGCUGGAUUUACAGAGUGUACAAACGAAGUAAACCGAUUUCCUGGGCUUGAACCUCAUGUUCGCAAACGUCUCAUGCAGCACUUGAACACAUACUUCAAUAAAGAAAGUGGUAAUAACAGUCCGAAAAUUAUUUCAACACCUCCAGAAACAUCAAAUCUGCAAUUGCAUUUGGACUCUAACCAGAACGCUAUACUAUUGGGUACCACUGGUUCAGCUUGCGGAGUCCAACUGGUCCCUACAAGACUAUCCAACGGUGAUAUUGCUCUAGUUUUGCCAUCUAGACCUACCGAAACAUCACCACCGCCACCACCCCUUUCUAUGAUUGUACCAACACCGCCGUCCACUCAAUCUGAUUCUUCCGAUACUGAGUCGCCUAUGCCCGAUAGACCUUUAUCGUGCUAUUCAAUGGGCAGUACAGAUGAUAGUACGGAUACAUAUAGCCAACCAGAACUGCCCCUAGCACUGGUUACCAAACACAGACGAGAUGACGAACAGUCAGAUCUAGAACAGCCCUGGCGGCCAUGGUAG